AGAAGGCGCUCCCGGGUGCUGAAACCGCGGAGCGCACGCGCCAUGUGAAACCCGCUCCGAGAGUCGCGCGGCACACGAGACGGACAACCGCAAAAGAAGCCGACCAGCGGCCCCGGCGCCAUUUGCUUCCUGGAUUGAAUAUGAUUCGAGGCUUUCGUUCUUCCCUCUUUUUUUUGUGGUCGCUGUUUCUGCUGCUGGAGCUCCUGUCCCCAGCCUCCCUCACAGACGAAUGUGGAACAAGGCCUGCAGUAGAUGAGUCCAUGAUGGGCUCCCGGAUUGUAGGUGGACAUGAUGCUGAACCUGGGGCAUGGCCAUGGCAAGUCAGUCUUCAAAUUCAUUACAGUGACAGAGCAUAUCGUCAUAUAUGUGCAGGAGUUUUAAUCAGUAACAACUCAGUGAUGACUGCAGCACAUUGCAUUCAACAUUAUCCGAAACCAGACAAGUGGAGAGCUGUAGUUGGUUUGCAUCAUCUUUACAUACAUUGGCCUUUUUCUAAAGAAUAUCAUAUCAAAGAUAUCAUAAUCCACUCUGAUUAUGAAUUUGGAACUUUUGAAAAUGAUGUUGCCUUGUUCAGAUUGAUGCAAUUUGUCAAGUACAAUGAUUACGUCCAGCCUAUCUGCUUACCUGACUCUGCUCUCUUUCUGAGUGAUAAAUCUAAGAAUCCAUGUUAUAUAAGCGGGUGGGGAAGCACAAAGGAAAAAGGUAAAGGUAAAUAUAUAUUACAAGAAGCUCAGGUUGACAUUAUUCCAUUGCAAAUCUGUAAUAGCUAUGAUUGGUAUGCAGGCACAGUAUCCCUGAAAAUGAUUUGUGCUGGCUCUGAAAGUGGACAUGUUGAUAGUUGCCAGGGAGACAGUGGUGGUCCUCUGGCAUGCUAUUUCCCAGAUGCCAGCAAAUAUUAUUUAAUAGGAAUCACCAGUUCUGGUGUUGGCUGUGGCAGACCAAAAUUUCCAGGACUCUAUGUGCGUGCUGCAAGUUACAAAAAAUGGAUAUAUUCAUAUUUAUUUAACAAAACAAAUAUUGUAAGCCUUCGGCUUGUCUUAAUUUUGGGAACUGCUGGAUGGAUAACUUUCCAUUUUGUAUAAAAUUCAAAUUUUAUUGAAAUAGGGUGACAGAUGAUUAUGUUUUAAGUUUUUUUCUUUCCCUUGCACACAUAUAUUUUCCAGAAAAUUCUCAGUAAUGGAACUAAUUGAUUUAUGUGGUAAUUCAGUAUA